AUGGAUGUUCUCUAUUCAUUAUUAGACGUUCAUAUUCAACAACUUAAUCCUAUCAUACAAGAUAAAACUUUUACUAAUACUCUUAAUUUUAUAUUAACAACAUCAACAGAUGAUAUUGUAUCAAUUACUACUCCAAUACUUGAUCGAUUUUGUAUUAAUAUAUUACCUACAAUUGAUCACAAUAUUAAAUCUCUUAUUCUUGAAUCAAAAUCUAUGGAACGUAUUCUUCUUGCUGCUGAUUAUCCUAAUUUAAUCAAACUUAAACUCUUCAAUUUCAAGGACAAUAUUGUUUCUUAUUAUUUUACAGAUGAAUCACCAUUUCGUCGUAUUUGUCGAGAGCAAAUUACAGAUCUUAUGCUUAUAUAUGACAAGAAUAAUGAUAUUACAGUACAGAGAGAAUAUCGAAACGGUAUACAUGAAUAUAUUUUGAAAUUCUUUAACAAUUUAAAAUAUUUAUCUAUUAAUGGACCAUCUUCACAUUUGAUACUUGAUGAUUCAUCUCCAACUACUUGUUUUUCUUCCAUUCUUACUAAACUAUGUGUUUAUGUGUAUUGUUUCCAAGAUUGUCUUACUUUACUUGAUGGUCGUUUGAAACAAUUAACAACAUUUAUUGUUGAGAUUGAUCAUGCAGAACCUUCAUCAAUUGCUCAUAAUAUGAAUAAUCUACCAAAUUUGACAUCUUUCUCAAUAGAAUAUAGAUGUAAGACAACUGCAUUUGAUAUUCAAGUUUUACCUCUUCUUCGUCGUAUGUCAAAUCUUGAAGAAUUAACUUUGAUUAUUUAUAAUGAAAAUCGAACUAGACUUGUUGAUGGUACUUAUAUACAUAAUCAAAUUCUUCUUCAUUUACAACGACUUUAUAAAUUUAACUUUCAUAUUCGUACGUGCACUGACUUAAAUAACGUGACAUAUGGUUUAUCAAGUGACAAUAUUCAAGAAACUUUUACAAAUAUAGGAUAUCGACAUGUAAAAUGUAUUCUAUAUAAUCUCACUUGCAUGGUUAUAUGUCAUGCUUUUUCAUUACCAUUUAUUUCUAAUCGUCUCGAAUACAUUGGCAAUACAUUUCCAUCUAUUGUUUUUACUGGUGUUACGAAACUAUUGGUGUUUGAUAUAUUGCCAUUUGAACAUGAAUUUUUCAUUCGAAUUGCUCGUUUCUUUCCUUUUUUGAAGGACUUAUCUGUUAUGAAUCGUGGUCGGCAAUUGUGUAGAUCAAAUAAUGUUGAUUGUGAUCAUAACCAACAAUAUCCAGUUAUUGAAUAUCCUUAUCUUGAUUCACUUCAUUUAGAACAUUCUUGUAUUGAUUACGUAGAGCAAUUUAUUAAUGAAACAAAAACUCGUUUACCUCGUCUAAAAAUAUUAGAAGUCGACUAUUGUAAAUUAAAUACAAUAACGAAACAAUUUACAAGAGAUGUGACAAGACUCAAUUGUGCUAAAGUACAUCGAUUAAUUAUGGAAAAACAAGUGGUGUUUCCAAAAACCUUUUAUGUUUAUUUUCCUUUGUUGGAAUCUGCUUCUUCUUAUUCCUAUUACUUUAAAAAAUAA